AUGGACUUUGAAUUCGAAUUGCCAUUCAUUCCCUCCGAACGUGCAUUGAUUAGUCGUUUCGAAGAAGGAGCGGUCGUUGAGAACAAUUUUGUGGCCGCGAUGAUUGUUGUUGUGGCCGCGGUUGUGGUGGCCAUCCUCUUGUACUAUUUUCUUGUCGUCAAGGUAGGUGGGAUUCUUUUUUACACUAGCUGGUCUUUUUGGUACUUUUUUUAAAGUUUUUGGGCCAUUAGAGCUACUUUUGGUACUUUUUAAAACUUUUCAUCGUAUAAUUUGUUCCAUGCAGCCUGCAGAAUCUUAAAAUUUUUUACAAAACCUCAAGAAUAACAUUUUUGUUGCGUUGCGACAUUGAAAAUGGAAUUUUUAGGUACUCGGGAUAUUUUAGAACAGUAGGACACUUUUUAUCGUAUAACUUGUCUCUGCAGCCUGCAGACCCUUAAAUUGUUAGUUUUAUUGACACAAUCAAUAAAAGUUUAUGAAAAUGACCUUUUGAUACAAUAUAAUAAGCUUUGAACUUCAGAAAUGUAAUUUUAUGUACCUAAACUUUCAUUUUUAAGAAAAAUGAAGCACCAGGAGCACCACCAAGCCAGCAAUCGGUCAAAAGUACCAGAACUGCGGUGUCUUCUCGAUCCAACGCUAGUACUGCAACUGCUGUGAGUUUCUGAAUAAUAUUGGGUAGGAUUGUCAUUUUUUAACUUUUUCGGUCAAAAAGUAUGUAGAAUCCUGCUUGCUUUUCUGUUUUUUUGUAAGCUUCUACAUACUUUUUGACCGGUGGGGAAAAAAGGUGUUUUCUAUGGAAUUUUUGACCGAAUAAGGUUAGAAAAUGACUUUCUAUGGACUUUUGGACCGGAUAAGGUUAGGAAAUUACUUUUCUAUGAACUUUUUGACCAAAUAAGAUAUUUUUUCAAUUUUUCAGCGUGAAAGGUCUGUCAGAAGCCGGCCAACAAAGGUUGUGGAGCUCAGGAUUGGUGGCGAUUCGGAGCCGGGCGUGGUAAAACAGGCUUCGAUUAAGGUAUUUUUUAUUUUAUUUUUUUUUAAUUUUUAAAAAAUUUUUAAUAUUUUAAUUUUUAGAUUUUUCAAAAUUUUUUUCAAAAUUAAAUUUGAAUUUCAGAAAGAACCAUCUCCAAAAAGGCCUUCCCCAUCGUCGAAACAAGAAAAACCAGCGCCAUCACCGAAGCAAGCUGCGCCCCCACCUCCGAAGCCAGCACCAUCCCCUAAGCAGGCUCCGCCUCCCCCCUCAAAGCCAGCAGCUUCGCCAAAAGUCGAGAAGGCAGCACCGUCCCCUAGACAAGAACAACCAGCACCAUUCUCGAAGCAGGAAAAGCCAGCACCAUCCCCGAAGCAGGCUCCGCCCCCACCUCCACAACCAGCCCCACCGCCGAAGCAGACUGCACCCCCAGCACCGCCAGCUCCGUCAGAGUCGGAGAGAGAGUCGACGGAUGUGGUGACGGCCCAAAACCCGAAGGAUGACAUUACGGAUCCGAACGCACCGUCCAAGGACGUGCUCACGGCCCAAAACCCAAAAGAUGACAUCACCGACCCAAGUGCACCAUCCAAAGACGUGGUAACGGCCCAGGACCCAAAAGACGAGCAAACGGACCCAAGUGCACCAACCAAAGACGUGGUCACGGCCCAAGACCCGAAGGACGAAAUGACCGACCCAAACGCCCCCUCCAAGGACGUGGUCACCGCCCAGAACCCCACCGAAGACCAAACCGACCCGAAUGCACCAUCCAAGGACGUGGCAACGGCUCAGGUACCAGGCGACGAGAAAACCGAUCCAAAUGCCCCGAGCAAGAAUGUGGAAACGGCCCGAGAUCCGGAUGCGCAGCCGGCUGUCGCUGGUGACACAUCCCUCAAUGGUGGUACGGAACCGGCUUCCAAAGAGGAUGGAAAAAUUUUUGAUCCGGCUAGUGAUGAGUGGGUUUUUAAAUUUUUUUUUGGUUUGCCGCACCUUACCUAGAGGUGGCUAUCGGUCCGGUCUUAAAACCAGGAUUGGCCGUGGACUUAAAUUUUUUGACUGGACCGGUUUUGAAAAUGCAUUUGACCGGACUGACAGCCAUCUAUAGCCUUACCUUUGAACGUAAUAACAAAAAAGACCUCGUUGAAGCUGAUAAUCAGCUCCAAAAGGACUUGAAACCGCCUGUUCUUAACCCUAUUUGACUGUUUCCAACUCAACAACAGUCUAAAAAAGACAAGAACAGGAAGAAAAUUUAAGAUUUUUAAAAAUUACAUUUUACUCCCAAAACACCCUUUUUCAACUCUAUUUUACCCCUAUCAAACCCUCUAAUCAACCCCAAAAGGAAAGGGUUCGAAAAGGAAAGAGAGAGAGCUGUGUACGCCCAUAGCCCGUUGAACGCACGCCAUCCCGUCCGAUCUGGCAAGUUAAGCAACGGUGCGCUUGAUUAGUACUUGGAUCGGAGACGUCCUUGGAAUCUCAAGUGGCGUACGCAUUUUUGGCAUUUUAUGGUGCUUUUUGGUACUGUUUUAGGGUUUGGUGAUUGGAGAGGGUUCUUUUAUAUUGCUUUAGGGAUAUCAGAAUCUUGUUUUAUUUUGUUUUAGGGGUGUUUUUGGCCUGAUUUUCUUUUUUUUAAUGGAAAAUCAGGGAAUUUUUACCAUGUUUUGCUGUCUUUGAUUUAUUUUUUAAAAAAAUAAUCAAUUUUAAAAUUUCAGGCAGGCUAGGAAGAAGCAUAAACACAGAAAGAAGAAGAAGAAGCAGCAGCCGACUGGCGAAGCUGGAGCCACAGCGGUCGACACCUCGGAAAAGAAGAGCAAGAGAAAGAAGAAAAAGAAGAAGCGAAGUAAGAAAAGCAAGAAAUCGGAGAAAGAAACAGCACCAGAGGCUCCGCCAGCAGCACCACCUUCCUAA